CAGCAUCUCUCUGUUGCUUCCUGAGUGUUAAUGAUAUUUACUUACAAAACUUAUCAGCGAAAUGAUAUCACGCCAUCACGCCAACUAAAACGGUUCAUGGGAAAAGAAACCCAGAUCUCUGCGUUACCCUUGCUGUUAACGUUUAAAUUAUCAUCAAUUAUUCAAUUCUCUCCCUGGAUUUACUAAGUUUUACCACCAAAGGUCGUCAUGUGUGAAGUUAUUGAUCAGUAUAAGACACACGUUCUGGGCAGGUGAUGCGCUUAGCCAGGAAAGGAUUACGGAAACAUUUCCAGCUCUGCUCACAAUGAAGGAAAUAUCGAUGAAGAAGUCAGACAAAAGCCUCCUACCAUUACGAGGCAAAAUAUCUCCUCCAACGAUUUUAAACUGCGACAACCAUGCCAAUGAACAACCAUACCUCGAUAAGGAAACCGCUAAUGAUAUUUCCAAAAGAGAAAGGAUGUUUUCUGUAUCUUCCAGGAGUGCCUGUAGUUCCAAACAUGACUCUAGUUUGUCUGAAGUGAGAUCCAUGACUCCUCCAUUUACACCACCGACGAACAAUACAAAUGGGGAUCAAGGGUUCCUUGUAAGACGACCUUCGGAACAUUUUCUUGAAGUGCUAGGAGAACAUAAAUCGAGGGAAACACUGCCUAAGGUAUUGUCAGCCUCGUGUCUUCCUCCAUUGCGAAAUGCGUCUCAAGGAGAAGACACUAUCAAGAAGAAUCUUAAAGAUCUGAAGGGAACUAAUGGUGUAAUGAAUAAUAAUUACGAUGGAACCUUUUCCCGUCCAGUUGCACCUGAUAACAACACAUUGCUUCUUGGACCUGGAGGUAGGAGAAGGAUGUCAACACCAAUUGGCGUUGAGAAAAAACAUCUUCGCAAAACGAAUUCUUUGCCUUUAAUCAAAACUGGCUUUGCACUUACAACGGGAACAGACUGUAUAAACGAUUCCGCCUUCCACAAGCACACAAAGUCCGCGUUCACAAGCCAGGAAAACAAAAUAGACGAAUGCGUCGACCACAUUCAAAAUGUAAAGAUCGAUGAGUAUUUAGACGAAGAAUUGUGCGACGAAGACGGAAUGAUCGAUCAGAACGAUGAUGAGGAGACAUUCGAAAAAUUCUCAAUGAUAUGCCAUUGGCUGAAAGACUGCGAAAAAGCUAAAAUCACUUAGCAGCUGGAUUCAAACAGACAUCCAGGAAAUGUCUCUGUAAAUAUUCGCUUUGGUAGUCUUUGCAGACCUUGCAUGCAUGUUGCGCGCAAGUUAUCAGCUCUCUGUUUGACUUUAUUGAUCAUUUAUCAAACCAGCUGUUGUUCCUGGGACGAAAAGCUUUUAACCGGUACUUGGUUCUUUUGAUACAUACUGAUGAUAAAAAGUCUGCUGGAGGAAAGCCAACCUUAUAAGCUGCGAAUUGUUUGGUUUAGUUGAACUUUAAAACUGGCUACAACACUAUUUGGAUUGUUCGUUUAAAUCGAAAACUUAAGAAAUUAUCUGAAUUUUUUGGUUGAUUAACAAACAAGACGAAAAACGAAGUACACAUGGGCGUUUCAGCGAUACAGGAACAAGCAUUGCCAGUCGCUAGCUUUCUUUGAACUAUUUUUAAGAAGGAAAAUAAUCUAUAUUCCCCGCUAUCGAUUUAUUUCUUAUCGUUUCAGUAUCAUGAAGUUUCUAUGCCAUAACGAUCAAUCAAUCGAUAUGAUGACUGAGCAUUCUUCAGGAUUAAAUAGUAUCACUUUAAUCAUCGCCUAUGUAAGGCAACAAAGAAAAACGAAAACAGUUGCAGCCAAUAGUUAUUUAUUCACGGUCUUUUGGAAAUCAUCCGCUUCACGCGUGAUUCUUUACUGACCCGUAAUGUCCUCUGCAUUCCUCCAAAUCCGGAGCGGAUCUGAGAAAUCAAGACGUCUUCCCCGACUGGCGCGGGGUCCUAUAAAUAAUUGUCCAUAGCUGCGAAAUGAGAGUGUAUAUAGCGAACUAAUGAAGAGCUAAAUUGAUACAAUUAACUGCCAAAUUCUAAAAUCCCUCAAAAGUUCUUUAUCAAAACACCAUGUGUUUUUCAUUGUCUAUGGUGUCAUUCUAAUUUAUACAGUGCCUGAUUGUACCAUAAUUAGACUCUGAGUUAGGCCUCCUUGAAAGUUUUAUUCGCGCUCAGGAAAGCGGCUUGUAUUUGUGUAAGGGCUUAGCUUCCUUGAAAUUUAAUUUAUUUGGUCUGAGUAUCUGGGUGGUAUUUACUUUGUAUUUUGUGAAGAUGAUACUCAAAAUCCUUGUUAUGACAUAUGAAGAGUCAAGUGGGUUGUCGGUUUGGGAAUUUGUUUCAAAAAACGAUGUGUGAUUUAUAUAUUUCAUUUCAUAAUAAUAUGAAAAUGUUUGAGGCAAAACUUGAAAGAAUAAAAUUCUUAAAAGUCAA